AAAUUUUUCUGUCUUCGAUAUCAACCCAUGAAAGAUUUUCAAGAUCAUAUCAAGAGAAGAUAACCAGACUUCAAAGACAGAACUGGCUCUUGUUAGAAUAAGACACGAUGGCACCACCACACAAGAACCAAAACUUCCGUCCGGAAAACGUUUUAAAGCGUGCCGAAGAUUUAAUCGCUGUUGGCCAAAAUGAAGCAGCUUUAGAAACUUUGUAUGAGUUGAUUACUUCUAAAAGAAUUCGUUAUUUACAAGUUAAUGACUUAGAGCCUAUUGCUCUUUUACUUGUUGAAUUAGCUGUUGAUUUAAGAAAAGGGAAGAUUGCCAAGGAUGCUUUACACCAAUAUAAAAAGAAUGUUCAAUUAUCAGAAAAUGGGUUAGAAUCAGUUGAAGUUAUUGUUCGUAAAUUUGUUCAAUUAGCUGAAAAAAAAUUAGAUGCUGCUCAAGCUAAGGCUGAAAUUGAAAUUGAUCAAAACGAAGAAGAUGAUUUAGAUGUUGCUCAAACUCCUGAAAGUAUUUUAUUAUCUGCUGUUUCUAAUACUGAUUCUGCUGAUCGUACUGAACGUGAAUUAGUUACUCCUUGGUUAAGAUUUUUAUGGGAAGCUUUAAGAGCUACUUUGGAUAUCUUGAGAAACAACUCUAAAUUAGAAGUCACUUAUUCUGCUAUUGUUACUCAAGCUUUCCAAUUUUGUUUAAAAUUUAAUAGAAAAGCUGAAUUUAGAAGAUUAUGUGAAUUAUUAAGAGCUCACAUGCAAUCGGUUACUACUCAAGCUCCUAAAUUUGGUACUAAUAACAAUGCUAUUGAUUUAUCUGAUGCUGAAACUGUUCAACGUUACUUGGAUCAACGUUUCUUCCAAUUAAAUAUUUCUGUUAAAUUAGAAUUAUGGCAAGAAUCUUUCCGUUCGGUUGAUGACGUUCACACUUUAAUCACUGCAUCCAAGAAAUCUCCAAAACCAGUCAUGAUGGCUAAUUAUUAUGAAAACUUGGCCAGAAUCUUCGCUGUUUCUGAUAAUGCUUUAUUCCAUGCUGCUGCUUGGAACAAGUUCUUUAACUUAUAUUCCCAAUCUCCAAAUGCUACCGAUGAAGAAUUAAGUCAUUAUGCUUCCAUCCUUGUUUUAUCUACUUUAGCCAUUCCAACUAAAUCUUUGACUACCAAUGAAACUAUUGUCGAUGAACAUAAAGCUAAAAAUGCUAAAUUAUCUUCUUUAUUGAAUUUGAGUCAAGUUCCAACUAGAGAAAGUUUAAUUAAAGCUCUUACCAAUAGAAACAUUUUAAGUUUUGUUGAUCCUUCUGUUAAAAAAUUAUAUGAUACUUUAAAAGAAAAUGAAUUCCAUCCAUUAACUGUUAAAAAUAAAGUAUCUCAAGUUUUUAAAGCUAUUGAAAGUGAUAAAGAUUAUAAACAAUAUAUUCCUACUUUAACCAGAGUUAUUUUAAUUAGAUUGUUCCAACUGAUUUCUCAAAUUUAUGAAUCAGUUAAAUUAGAUUUCUUGGUUUCUUUAGGUGUUUUAGAAGGUACACAAUUUACUUUAAAUCCAUUAGAAAUUGAAGAUUUAAUUGUUAAUGCUGUUAAAGAUGGUCAUUUAUCUUUAAUUAUUGAUCAUGAAGCUGGUGUUGUUACCUUCAAAUCUAAUCCAUUUGAAGAUUCUUUCAACGAUAAAUUACCUUCUAAAUUACAAACUUCUCCUUCUGAAUUAGUUAGAAGUCAAUUAACUAAGUUGGCUUUCACUUUAUCUUCCACUGCUAAAGUUAUUGACCCUCAAUACGAAGCCCGUGCUAAAUAUAGACGUGAACUUGCUUUACAAAAUGCUUUCCAUGAAUUAAUUACUGAACAAGAAGAAAUUGCUGCUCGUGUUAAAGUUAUGGAAGAACGUAGACGUAUCGCUGAAAAAUUGAAACGUGAACAAGAAGAAGAAGCCGCUAGAUUGAAACAAGAAAGAAUGGUUGCUGAACAAAAAGCUGAACAAGAAAGGUUAGUUGCUGAACAAGAAAGAAAGAGAUUAGAAAAGCUUGAAAAUGAAAAACGUAUGGUUUUAGAAAAUGAUAAAAGAAAGAUUGCUGAAGAAAUUAAUGCUAAAGGUAUUAUUAAGAUUGAUUUAGACAACUUAAAAGAUUUAGAUACCGAAAAAUUACAAAUGAUGCAAAUCGAACAAUUAAAUAAAGAUAAGAAAGAUUUGGAAGAAAAAUGCAAAGCUUUUGCUAAGAAAACUGAUCACGCUGAAAGAGCUUAUAGACGUUAUGAAUUACAAUUAUUGGAAAAAGAUGCUCAAGUCCAAAAAGAAAAUUAUAUUAAGAAAUAUGAAGAAUAUAAGCAAGCUAAAAUUGAAAAAGCUAAGAAAGAUCAUGCUAAAGCCAUUACUUUAAGAGACCGUUUGGCCCGUGUCAUUCCAGAUUACAAUCAAUUCACUGGUCGUAUCAAUGAAAAGAAUAUGUCUAAGAUUAAUGAAUUAAAGAAGAAAGCUGCUGCAGACUUAGCCCAAGCCAAACAAGAACGUAUUGAAGAUUACAAGAGACACCGUAGAGAACAAUUAUUAGCUGAAAAGGAAGAACAAGAAAGAAUUGCCGAAGAAGAAGCUGCUAAAGCUGCUAAAGAAGAAGAAAUGGCUAAAUUCAGAGAAGAAAUGAGAGUUCAAAGAGAAAAAGAUGCUAAACUUGCCAAACAAAGACAAGAAAUGGAAGAAGAAAUCGCCAGAAGAAAUGCUUCUCGUGGUUCUGCUCGUCCAACUCCAAGUGCUAGUGGUUCUCCAGCACCAGCUUCUCCAGCACCAGCUUCUCCAGCACCAGCUUCUCCAGCACCAGCUGGUGAUAAGCCAUUGACUUUCGCUGAAAAAAUGAGAUUGAAGAGAAUGGCAAAACAAAACUAA